AACAGGUUCUCCUUUCUGGUUGUGGAAACACAUGCACCAUGCACUUGAUAAAAUGUCUUAGACCAAUCAUGUCAUAUAAAGCACCUUAUUCCCUGCAAGCAUCAAUUUUGCAAUGGCUUCUUGUAUUUAAAUAUGAAGAAAUGGACCUAAAAAGACGGGUGCCUUGUGAAGAAAAACUGUUGCCAUGAGCUUGUUUGUAGAACACUUAGUGCAGGGUUUAGCCCUUGCCCUUCUUGGUCUAUGGCACACCAUCAACACCAUUAAAUCUUACCUUGUGAAGGGCCCUGCAAACUUCACUGUGAGAUUCUGGUUUCAAUUCAAUACCCCUCUGGCUAGACUCAAACACUUGGAGCUUGUUUCCAUUUUAUGCUUUUCUAUCCUUGCAAUUUUCACGCAAAUUCUAGACUUCCCCAACUUCCACUAUGCUUUUAAGCUUCAUAACUUUGAGCAUGCAACUAUGUUCAUACACCUUGCUUUGUUUGCUGGCUUCUCCCUCUCAAUUGAGUUGACUGAUUCACUUGAUAUCUUCUCCGGGUUUGUUGGCAUACUCGCAUCCUCAAUGUUUAGCCAAGAGCUCUUCCUGCUCCAUUUCCACUCCACAGACCAUGUUGGACUUGAAGGUCAUUACCACUGGCUGCUGCAACUCAUAGUGAUUGUCUCACUUGUUUCAGCUAUGGCUGCAGCUAUUUUUCCUCAAAGUUUCAAUGCCGCGCUGGUGCUUUCCAUUUCAAUCAUCUUCCAGGGAUGUUGGUUUAUAAACAUGGGGUUCAUGCUAUGGAUUCCUGCAUGUAUCCCUGAAGGAUGUGUCAUGAACACAGCCAAGCCUAAUCAAAGUAGAAUCCUAGGGGCAGUUGCUUGUGGAUCCAAAGAGGCUGAUUUUCGCGCCAGAGGAUUAGCCAAUUUACAAUUUAGCUGGAUCUUUGCUAUAAUUGUGAUAUUUGCAGGGAUUAUAUGCUUGAAACUGGCUAGAAAAUGCACUAUUUUAGACCGGUUGGAGUAUGAGAGAAUUCAGAAUAAAGGAACAGACUCCACUAUGGCCAAUGAAGGUUUCAAGCAAGGCAAAUAAUCUACAAGAGUUUGUUUAGUUAAGGCCUCUAGUGUAGACAAGAGACCUUAGAUUAUGUAACACAAUAUGCAAUAGUGUGUAGUAUACUAGCCCAGGAUUACAUAGAUGUUGUUUCCAGUAAUCUCUUGGGUUUCAUAACUAGUAAGGAAAUAUUCAACAAAGCUAUCAGCUAUAUAAUGUUUGCCACAGUUCAAAAUUGUCUAGUGUCUAUCUGGGCACUGGUCUUCUGUGGUAUCACUCUUUCAGUAAAUGUAAGAAGCAUUCUAUGUGUAGAACUUGUAACAUGAAGAGAUUAUUUUCUUUUGA